GCUGGCGCCGGCAGCAGCUGAGAGGCCCCAGGCGGCUGCAGCGGUGGCAGCCGGGAGUGAGCUGUGCUGCAGGGAGCCGCAGCAGCCUCUGCCCCUACACGGAAGAAACCUCUACUGUCAAGCUUUCCUCACUGUUGGAAAUGGCGGGUGAAAUUACAGACACCGGGGAGCUCUAUUCUCCUUAUGUUGGGCUGGUGUACAUGUUUAACCUCAUCGUGGGCACAGGUGCACUCACCAUGCCCAAGGCCUUCGCCACUGCCGGGUGGCUCGUCAGCCUGGUUCUGCUGGUAUUCCUGGGCUUCAUGAGCUUUAUGACCACCACCUUUGUGAUGGAGGCCAUGGCAGCAGCCAAUGCCCACCUCCGCUGGAAAAGGAUGGAAACCCACAAGGAGGAGGAAGAUGAUGACUCCUCCACAGCCUCAGACAGUGAUGUUCUCAUCCAGGACAGCUACGAGCGGGCUGAAAAACGGCCCAUCCUGUCUGUGCAGAGACGUGGAUCUCCCAACCUUUUCGAAAUCACAGACCGUGUGGAAAUGGGACAAAUGGCUUCCAUGUUCUUUAAUAAAGUGGGGGUGAACUUGUUCUAUUUCUGCAUCAUCAUUUACCUGUAUGGGGACCUGGCCAUCUAUGCCGCAGCUGUGCCCUUCUCCCUUAUGCAGGUGACCUGCAGUGCCAUUGGCAACGACUCCUGCGGCGUGGAGGCAGACACCAAACACAACGACACCGACCGGUGCUGGGGGCCCCUGCGGCGAGUGGACGCCUACCGCAUCUACUUGGCUGUCUUCACGCUCCUCCUUGGACCUUUCACCUUCUUUGAUGUCCAGAAGACCAAGUACCUGCAGAUCCUAACCUCUCUGAUGAGAUGGAUCGCCUUCACCGUCAUGAUCGUGCUGGCCCUGGUCCGCAUCGGGCAUGGCCAUGGAGAGGGACACCCGCCCCUGGCUGACUUCUCUGGGGUCCGGAACCUGUUUGGGGUGUGCGUGUACUCCUUCAUGUGCCAGCACUCCCUGCCGUCCCUCAUCACCCCCGUCUCCUCCAAGCGCCACCUCAUGCGGCUGGUAUUCCUGGACUACGUGCUGAUCCUGGCCUUCUACAGCCUCCUGUCCUUCACCGCCAUCUUCUGCUUCCGCAGUGACAGCCUCAUGGACAUGUACACCCUCAACUUCGCACGCUGCGACAUUGUGGGCCUGGCCGCUGUCCGCUUCUUCCUGGGCCUCUUCCCCGUGUUCACCAUCAGCACCAACUUCCCCAUCAUCGCCGUGACACUGCGCAACAACUGGAAGACGCUCUUCCACCGCGAGGGCGGCACCUACCCGUGGGUGGUGGACCGCGUCGUGUUUCCCACUAUCACCCUCGUGCCCCCCGUGCUCGUGGCCUUCUGCACCCAUGACCUGGAGUCCCUGGUGGGCAUCACAGGGGCCUAUGCGGGCACCGGCAUCCAGUAUGUCAUCCCCGCCUUCCUGGUGUACCUCUGCCGCAAGGACACCCAGCUGGCCUUCGGAUAUGGGACUGUCAACAAGCACAGGUCCCCUUUCCGCCACACCUUCUGGGUGGGCUUCGUGCUGCUUUGGGCUUUCUCGUGCUUCAUCUUUGUCACAGCCAACAUUGUCCUCAGUGAGACCAAGCUCUGAUGGCAGGACACAUCUGGUGACGGCAGCCUCCCUGCCUGCAGAGCCAAGAUUUAGUUGUCUCCCAGGCCUUCUUGGGGCAGGUGGGACCGUGGCUUUCAGGCCCAGCUAGGAGUCUUCUCAGACAAUCCAUCCAGACUCUCCCGGUGUGUACCUGGCUGUACUUGCCAGGGAAGCUCUCCUCCCAGGCCCACCUACCUGGGUAAACACAGCUGCUCCUGGGUUCCAGGACUCAUUACUGGAAUCACCCCAUUUCACAACACACUCUACCCCCCCCCCACCAGAGGCAGGCUCCUCCGCAGGAGGUGGGAGAUGCAGUGCUGGCGCUGGUGCAUUAUACCAGCCCCACGUCUCCCCUUCCUGCCUCCCCAGCUCCUUCUGUGUCUGGAAAGUCUCCAGCUGCUGCCUUUGGAGAGGCGAGUCCCAGGUCCUAAGCAUCCUAACCCUGCCUGCCUGUGAUAGGCAGGGCCCCCCUUCCCCCCAGCCUGGGAGUUACUAAGUGCCACUCCUAGGAGAGGGCCUGGCUGGCCCUGGUGACAAGAACAAGAAGUGCUAAUUGACACCAGUGGCCUGGCCCAGAGCUGUGAGGGCCCUUGCUGUGGGCGCCAGCUCCAGAGCAGCAGGCUUGAGGGAGCUUCCCUUCCAUGAGGAUACAGCAGCCUGUGGGCUGGGUUUAAAGCCCAGAGCUCAUGUCCCUGAAAGGGUCCCUCUGCUCUCCUGACUGUCACACUGGAGUCCUCAGGGCCUCUUGCGGUGCAGAGGCCUGCUAGAGGGAAGGCAGCCCCACCUAGCACCCUCAGUGGCAGGUGGAGGGCCCUGGUGUCCCACCCUGCAAGUCAGGCUAUUCCCCCUCCACACUAAAGAUGGCUCUUAGGAGACGGACAUGGGCAUUCAGUGUUCAUGUUCUCCAUGUCUUCUGGGACAGUGCCGGGCCCCAUGGGGUUGGGUGGGGAACCCACCCCCAGUCCCCAGCCACCACAGUCAUACACACAUCCGGGGUUGGCCUCCUUGGAAACGUAUGUGACUCAAAUGAACUCAUCUCAAUGUGCCUUCUGCUUCAGGUCCUGGGUCCUUCCUGACCCUGCCUGGCUUGCCCCUAGCCCCGGGGCCCACCAGUCCUGGAGCCCGGAGCAGCUUGCCCAGGAGCUGCCUCUCUGGCGUGAGAUCUCAGGCCCCUGCCUCUCCUUGAUUCUAGUGCCUUGUUCAGCCCUCCUGGGGGGACCUCCCUCCACCUAUCCCCUGCAUCUCACUGUCGUCAGGUCUUGGACAGAGCAACGAUUCCAGGUCUGCUGGGGUCCAAGGUGAUCUCAGGGUUGGGGUAUAGGUGGGAUUUACAGGGAAUGUGGGGUACCCAUAGGCAUGCCACCCUCCUCCUCCACCCUGGCAGCCACAGGCUGGGAGCCCCCGGGUGGCACAGUUGGCCUGAUGACUUUCUCACUGUUUCACCUCAGCAGUUCUCACAGCUUGUCCCAGGUAUCAUUAUCUUCCAUCACAGGAAAAGCAAACGCCCCCUCCCCCAUCUGCCAUUGUGGCUUCUAAUCAGGAGGCCCGGUAGGGUGGGCAGAGCAGGCAGGCACUGCAGUGACAAUACCAAGAAUAAGGAGACCGGCUGUGGUGCACGCCCUCCCUGGAGCUGCCCAGCUGUUGUAAACUGAAAACAUCUGUACUUAGUCUUUGCCAAUUACAUUCCCUUUUGCUUAAGGACAAAGCAAAUUAAAUCAUCCAGCUGCCCCAGGCUCCAAACCAAAUUUUGGAUGCAUAUUUAUUAGUCUCAUAAAGCCCAGGUUGAUUUAUGUGACAAUUUGGAGCCACACAGCGGUGGAGUUAGUGGCUGAGCUCCCCCCACCUCCAGCCAGUGCAGCCCAGCCCCGGGGGAAUUGGCCCCAGGUGCUCACACUACUCCCACCCUCCUGCUGCUUUGCUUCUCACUCACCUGCUGCCUGUCUUGCCAAAGGUCGGAUGGG